AUGGCAGGCGUUUUUAAGUCAUUCUGGAAUCUGCUCGUUGAUGUCUUGCUGUUCUGGCAGAUUCGAUUCUUCAGAUGGCUGACACGAAGGAAGCCGGUAGAGGUGUGGUUUGAUAUACUUCGCGGUGCAAAAGUAUACGAGGAAUGGGAGGAGGCCGCAUACCAGCUAGAUGUGCUCCUGGGGAAUGAUCUUUGGCGUCAGAACCCCACUUCCAAGUACUACGAUUACCGCCUCAUCCAUGAACGCCUCCAAUCAAUCAUUGUUGCCCGCGAGGAAGGCGACAUUCUCCAAUUGGUGAACCUUUUGAGAUCAGGACUCGUUCGCAAUCUGGGCAACAUCUCGACCCCCCGACUCUUCAAUCGUGCAUUUGCAGGUACAAAGUUGUUAAUAGAGGACUACAUAACACAGGUCGCGCAAGCCAUUGCGGACGUUACGAAACUGCCAACUUCUCCCGGAGCUGAUGGAAGUGGUGUGAUACCUGGCUUCAGCAGCCAAGCCAAAUUGGAUCUUCUACAUGACACGAGACAAGCCUUUGGUAGGAGCACCCUGGUUCUCCAGGGGGGUGCAAUCUUCGGACUAUGCCAUCUAGGAGUUGUAAAGGCCCUCUUUGCUCGAGGUUUGUUACCAAGAAUCAUUACCGGAACUGCAACUGGGGCUCUUAUUGCAGCAUUGGUUGGUGUACACACAGAGGAUGAGCUGCCUAGAUUUCUCAAUGGGGACAGUAUUGAUCUUUCCGCUUUUGCUGGAAAGGGCUCUACUGGCAAAGGCGGAUACGAUGAUGGUUCCUUGGACGGCUGGUGGAGCACACUUGCCCGAAGAAUCCGAAGAUUCCUCCGUGAGGGCUACUUCUUGGAUGUCACUAUCUUAGAGCAAUGUGUACGAGCAAAUGUCGGGGACCUAACAUUUGAAGAAGCUUACAAUCGAACAAAGCGUGUAUUGAAUAUCACAGUUGCUACAACUGGAAGAGGAGGAGUGCCAAAUCUUCUCAACUACUUAACAGCUCCUAACGUUUUGAUCUGGUCAGCAGCAAUUGCGUCAAAUGCGUCAUCUCCGUCGCUGUAUGGUCGUUCUAUCACCCUGAAAUGCAAAGAUGCAUCCGGAGCGAUCAUCCCUUGGUCUGCCGCUUCGGACACAACAUUCAGACCCUGGACACAUGCGUCUUACACGGACCGAGAUUCUCCCCUAUCACGGGUUGCGGAGCUUUUCAAUGUCAACCAUUUCAUUGUUAGCCAGGCUAGGCCGUAUCUUGUGCCAUUCCUCCAAAGUGACAUGCAUGGACCAUCACCACUCCAUACACGUGGUGGACGAACAUCGUUGACAGGAGCACUUCUUCGACUGAUCACCAUGGAGACUCGUCACCGACUGCAACAACUUGAUAGCCUUGGACUCCUUCCCCUGUCGAUUCGGCGUUUCCUGGUGGAUGAACAUAUACCUGCAGCUUCGGUAACCCUUGUCCCUGAAUUGUCAGCGUCUGACUUCAUCCGCUUGCUCGAAACGCCUACUCAAGCCAGUCUUGACUACUGGAUCCGCCGAGGCGAGAGGUCUGUCUGGCCUGCAGUCGGGGCCCUCAAGGUCAGGUGCGCAAUCGAAACGGAACUUGAUAGGGGUUACCAGGUGGUCCGCCGCAAGAAGGCGGGCGGGUUGCGGAGACGAGGAAGCGCAGUCGAUAAUGCUAACGAGAAAGAGAAAGCACGGGAGAGAGAACGUGCCAACAGCUUUGGAGCAAAGUGGUAG